AUGGGUGCCUCGGGUUCAAAGGACUACUCUCACAUCCACCACUCCCUUCACAGAAAGGAAUAUCACCAAGUUUCAGCUGAUGGAAUCGAUGCAAAUGUUGAUCCAAUCGGGCAAUUUCGAGAACGAUGUGAAGAGAAAGUGGCUGACUUGAAGGCCGUUCUCGAGGAGUGCACAAACCGCGUGAAUUCGAAGAGCGCCACGGAUGAAACUUGCCAUCAAGAAAUGUGUGAUUACGUGCAAGCUCUCGACCAUUGUGCUAUUCCACAAGCAUGGAAGCAGUUGAAG